AUGCCUGAGUCCAUCAUCAACGAGCCAAACCUGGCCCUAGACCGCCACGAUGGCAACGUCUUCGUCCUCACAAUGCGAAAGGCGCCAGAGAACAGGAUAAACAGUGCCUACGCUCAAAAGCUAAUCGCAGCGUACAACACCGUCAGGAAGAUUCUGGGUCCUGACUCGGAGGGUGCUGUCAUUACGAAAGGCAACGAUGCCAAAUUUUGGUGCACGGGCCUCGAACUCGACGAAGCCGACACAAACCCCCACGCCAACUCCGAAGGCUUCUUCCCCUUACUCGCGACCCUCAUCGACUUCCCCUUCCCCACCAUCGCCCUCAUCACAGGCCACACCUUCGGCGGCGCGGGGCCCUUCGCCCUCUCCCACGACUACCGCAUCAUGAACGCCUCGCGCGGCUUCAUCUCCAUGCCGCCCGUCAACCUGGGUCUACACUUCCCGGGCAUCGGCGCCCUCCCGCGCCUCAAACUCCGUCCGCAGGUCGCGCGCAAGAUGUUGCUGGAGGCGCACCGGUGGACGGGCAAGGAGGCGCUGGAGGACGGGAUUGUGGAUGCGGUGGCGGAGCCUGAGGGGAUGUUGGAGGCGGCGUUGGAGUUGGGAAGGAGGGUGGCGCCGAAGGCGAAGAUGGGGGUUUUUUCGCUGUUGCGGAAUGAGCUGUAUGGGGAGGCGGGGAGGGCUUUUAGGGAGAUUAGUUAUGUGCAUGGACGGAGGACGGGGGAGGCGGCGAAGGCGAAGAUUUGA